AUGGCCGUCAUCCUUCGUAAAGUAGCUACAAAGACAUUGUGGGUUUACUUUUAUGUUUUGUUGUUUUCGGUGUCAUCGAAUAUGCAUUACUUAGUUGAUGGGGCACCACAAGCUCCUUGUUACUUCAUAUUUGGAGACUCACUAUCUGAUAGUGGAAAUAACAAUCGGCUUUUGACACUGGCCAAAGUCAAUUAUCAUCCAUAUGGCAUUGAUUUUUCACUAGGUCCAACUGGAAGAUUUUGCAACGGACGUAAUUUAGUCGAUAUUAUCGCUAAACUAUUAGGUUUUGAUGAUUACAUUUCUCCUUUCGCAACUGCAACAAAAGAUGAUAUAACAAAAGGUGUAAAUUAUGCAUCUGGUGCAGCAGGUAUUCGUGAUGAAUCUGGACGUAAUCAGGGAAUGAGAAUAUCCUUGAAUAAGCAAUUAAUAAAUCACCAAAUCAUAGUCAAAAGGCUUGUUGCCCUAAGGGGAAAUAACGGUUCACUCGUUGCUGAUUAUCUAAGCAAGUGCAUAUAUUCAGUUGGGAUGGGUAGCAAUGAUUACAUUAAUAACUAUUUCAUGCCAAAGCUUUACCAAACUAGCCGAUUAUAUACUCCAGAGCAAUAUGCAGAUGUUCUUGUUCAAGAGUACUCACAACAAUUAAGGACUCUGUACAAUUCUGGGGCAAGGAAGAUCGUCAUUUUUGGAGUAGGUAUGAUAGGCUCAACACCAUUCGAAGUAGCAAUGUGUGGCUCAAACGGCACUCUGUGUGUUGAUAACAUCAACAAUGCUGUCCAACUUUUCAAUGCAAGGCUUAAAUCGCUUGUUACUGAUCUUAACACAAAUCUAACAAAUGCUAAGUUUAUUUACAUAGAUUAUUAUGGAAUUGGCCUAUCCGGUGCUCUUUCAUCUCCUCCCGGUUCUAUAAACUACACUGCGCCAUGCUGUGAAGUUGAAAGGAAUAGCACGACAGGGCUAUGUACCGCGUUCAAGACCCCCUGUCAGAACAGAACUCAAUAUGCAUUUUGGGAUGCUAUCCAUCCUACUGAGAUUUCAAAUGUGUUUAUAGGAGCAAGAGCAUAUAAUUCUACAUUACCUACUGAUGUUUUUCCUUGUGACAUUAGCCACUUAGCUCAAAUGUAA